AUGAAAAGCCAAGCUCGUUCUCCUUCUAAGAAAAAGGCGUUGUCAAUCAAUCAAGGGUUGCUCAAGAAAAAGGUUUUACCUCCCAAUAGAACCAACAAGCAUUGGAAGAAAGGGACAGACAACUCUGUUGAUAUAAGUUCAUCAGCCCAAUUGCAAGCUGAAAUAUUUCAAACAACUUUACCUUCUGAAUUUCCACAUUUUCUCAAAUGUAUGCUCCCUUCCCAUGUCACUGGGGGAUUUUGUUUGAGCUUUCCAAAAAGGUUUUACGUUUCUCAUUUGCCAAAACAUGAUGCCAAUGUUGUUUUGGUGGAUGAAGAUGGAGAUGAAUUUUCCACCAAGUACCUAAUUGGCAAAAACGGAUUGAGUGGGGGGUGGAGAGGUUUCUCCAUUGCUCACAAUCUUGUUGAAAAUGAUGUUUUGGUCUUCCAACUGAUUGAGACUUGCAAAUUUAAGGUACACAUUUUACGAGAAAAUUGCUUGUCUCAAAUUGAUGAUGCUGUUGUUCUUAUGGAUUUUAUUAUUGAAGCACACAAUGAAGAUCAAAAUAAAAAAAUGAAUAUGUGUGAAGCAAACAAUGAUAAAUAUUUGGAGCCUCAUGAAGAAAGAAAGUUAAGCUCGACUUGCAUGAAAGAAAGGAAGAUGAACGGCGACUAG